AUGCGACGAGCAGUCUCAAAGAUCACUGGAAAUCGGAUUCUGUAAGGGUUUGUGACUCAAUUUGCCUGUCCAUGAAGAACUCUUCAUUUGCAAUAACUAAACCUGUUAGAAUAUUUCGCAACGUUUCCCAAUCUGAUUCAGAUUUACUCGGUUCAUCUCCACAAGCAGUCCUUUCAAAGAGGAAAUCAACAAAGAACUGCUAGAGAGCAUCAAGCAGCGAAUCGAACGGAAUCGUCGAAUUCUCCAGAAGCACUCUUCGUCCCAUCUCAAGUAAAUUUUGUCAUUUUCUUUCUUUUUUCCAUUUCAUUUGCAGAGCCCGUGAACUGAACGCUUCUCUUUCGAAUCUCCGUCAGUCGAUGGCUUCGGUUCAGAAGAAGCAGAAGGCGGCCCAUGAACCGCCGGCCAAUUCUAUCGUCAACAUUCCCAGCCAGGUGUCCAUCGAAGUGCUCGGCAAUGGAACGGGCCUUCUCCGCGCGUGUUUCAUUCUGAGAACUCCGCUCAAGACGUACAUGUUCAACUGCCCGGAAAACGCGUGCCGCUUCCUGUGGCAACUUCGGAUCCGCAGCUCCAGUGUAGUCGAUCUGUUCAUUACCUCGGCCAAUUGGGAUAACAUUGCCGGCAUCUCAUCUAUCCUCCUCUCGAAGGAAGCGAAUGCGAUGUCGACUCGGCUGCACGGAGCAAUGAAUAUCAAACACUUUCUGGAGUGUAUUCGUCCGUUUCAAGACUCGGAUUACGGUAAUUGCAAGUAUCCGUCGCAAGUGGAAGAACGACCGUACACGAUGGGAAACUAUGAGGAUGCGGGACUGAAAGUGUCGUAUAUUCCGCUCAGCCCUCCUUUGGAUAUGGGAAAGAAAGAGAAGGAGAGCAAUGCGAACGACGUGGACAUUGCCUUUCUCAUCGAAAUGAAAGAGGCGGCGAGACGAAUCGACGCGGCCAAACUGAUGGAAUUGAAAGUGCCGAAAGGACCAUUGAUCGGGAAACUGAAGUCAGGAGAAGCAGUUACUCUUCCGGACGGACGGACGAUCCAGCCGGAUCAAGUAUUCUCGAAUCAUACGGUCGAAGGGGAGAAGCCGAUUCUUCUGGUGGCAGAAUGCAGUUCGGAGGCUCACGUCAGAGCUCUUCUCGACUCGACAGCCAUCCAACCAUUUCUGAACGGAAAGAGAAAAUUGGACUACGUAAGUACUUCUGAAGUGAAAUGUUUUCUUUAUCCAUUUUACACAUUUUCAGAUGGUUCAUCUUAGCGCUGAUUCAGUCCUAAACACUCUAACUUACAAGGAAUUGAUGGGGAAACUGAAAUCCACAAAUACGACGCAUCUUUUGAUCAACGGAGGAAACCCAGUUAUUCCGGCCGUCGAAAGUGUCUACAAGUGAGCAUCCUUGUUGUUUUCUCCUUUGUAAUCGUUUUGUUUCCUCCAGACAUACUCGUCUGCUCCGUUCCAUUUCUCCGUCACUAUUUCCUGCUCUGCAUCCUCUGGAUUGGAGUGGAAUCAUCACUCAAAACGAAGAAUUGGCUCGGAAAGAUGGGCAGUUCAUCCGCGUGGCACCUAUGCAGCGAUACUGGAUGAGAAGGGGAAAUUCGAUGAAUGAGGAACCACUCAUCAAUAACUUGCUGGCGGCCGAACCAGAAGUAUCUGACAAAGCAAAAGAGCUCAUAGCUGAAUAUCAGAACAUUGAAGCCGGAAUCUCGAAGGACUGCGAGUUUCCCAAGAUUACUUUCUUCGGGACGUCGUCCGCGGUUCCAUCCAAAUACCGAAACGUGACUGGAUAUUUGGUUGAAGGAUCCGAGGAAAGCGCCCUUUUAGUGGAUGUCGGAGAGGGCACAUACGGACAAAUGAGAGCAGUUUUCGGGGAGGAAGGAUGCAAACGACUGCUAGUGAGCCUGCAUUGCGUAUUGGUCACUCAUGCCCAUCAGGACCACAUGAACGGACUCUACACAAUUGUGGCGAGAAGAAAAGAGGCGUUCAAAUCGCUUGGCAUUCCGUACAGACCACUUGUUCUCGUGUGCAAUCGAAAUGUGCUGAAACCGUUGAAAACGUAUUCAAUCUGCUUCGAAGACAUCGAAUCCCUUUUGGAUAUUGUUGAUAUCUCCAGACAUCCCCUGACUCCCCCGGCUAGUCCAAAUGGACCGCCUGGAAAACGUCCAAGACUACCGAGUCCGCAUCUUCCGCCGAGCAGAGACAUUCUUUCUGAUUUGCCAAUCAGUUUUAAUAAAGAUCUGUGGAAACUGGAGGAGUUGAAGGCGGUUCAAGUGCAUCACACUCGGAUGGCCAAUGGAUUCGUGAUGAAAGUGGCCGGAAAGAGAAUCGUGUUCUCUGGAGAUACGAAACCGUGUGAUUUGCUCGUGGAGGAAGGACAGGGAGCAGAUGUUCUCGUGCACGAAUCCACUUUCGAAGACGGGCACGAGGCGGACGCAAUGAGGAAACGGCACUCAACAAUGGGGCAAGCAGUGGACGUCGGCAAGAGAAUGAACGCGAAGAACGUGAUUCUGACUCACUUCAGUGCGAGAUAUCCGAAGGUCCCAGUGCUUCCGGAGUACCUGGACGAGCUCAACAUCGGCGUGGCGAUGGACAUGCUCAGAGUCCGAUUCGACCACCUGCCGCUCGUCUCAAAACUUCUUCCAGUUUACAGGUAACACGAACAAUACUGACUGACCCACCAAAUUCAUAAUAUUCAGGGAAGUAUUCGUAUCUGAGCUGUUCGAAUUGACAAUUAAGAAAGAGCAACGGGUUCUGAAAGACAAAGAAUCGUCGGAAGGAGCGAAGAAAGGACAGAAGAGAGCACACUGA